AUGAGCAAUACUUCUAAACUUAAGCCUAAUAAUCAUUUGCUAGCAUAUGAGGCAGCAGAAGCAAAAUGUAAAGAAAAGUAUCCUAGAAUUGAAGAAUGCAUGGAUAUAUCAAAUACUUAAGUUGAUAUGAAAUUAUGCAAAUAAAUGUUGGAAAGAUUCUCAGAAUGCUUCAAUGCUCAUAAACCAGUUGCAUAUAUGUAAUUAGGAAAAUAAAGAGAUUGA